AUGGACCAAUUUACAACCACUUCAUCAUCUGACAAUGAACUAGACAACACUUCGGCAUUCCAUCUUCAUGAAUUAUCAAAAGAUGUAGAUGAGAGUGACGGAGAGGAUAACAUUAGUGACGACGAAGACGAUAAGAACAAUAUUAACCAUUCUUUAAAGAAUAAAGUAAAUUCAACUUCAAAUAAUAAUGCAAAGUCACAAUUAUCAUCAUCUUCAUCAUCGACUACAACCCUAGCUAGUAAUGAUGUACCAUUCUCUAGAAUAUUUGUUAUCUGUGGAAAAGAUGUGACAGAGAAUCAAUUGGCAGUUGCUUUCCAACCAUUUGGAACAACUGAAAUCAAGAUUGUAGUUGACAAGGAUACCCGUGAAUCAAAGGGCUAUGCCUAUAUCAAAUAUCAAAAGGCAUCAUCUGCUGCACUUGCAAUUGAAAAAAUGAAUGGAACCAUCUUAUCUAUCUCUAACAAUAAUGGAACCAAUAGUACUACUACUUCUACUACUAGCACUACAACCACAACAAACAACAACAAUACUACUACUACCACUGAUGACAAAUCACCUACUGCUGCUGGAGUACCUUUAAAGGUUAUGAUUGCAGAGGUUAAGGGACAAAAGUCAAAGGUACCACCUUCGACCGAUCCAGAAGAUUCUCCACCAAACUCUAGACUCUUUGUCAUUUGUAAAAAGGACGUUAGUGAAGCUGACCUUACCAACAGAUUCAAGGAAUUUGGAAACCUUGAACAUGUAAAGAUUGUUCGUGAAAGAGAUACUCACGAAUCAAAAGGUUAUGCUUUUGUAAAGUUUUCUAAAAGUUCAACUGCUGCUUUGGCAAUGGAAACAAUUAAUGAAUCUGAUGAUAAAUCAUUAAAAAUUAUUAUUGCUUUACCAAAAGGUAAAACCAAUAAUACAAAGCCAGAAGCAACAGCAACACCAUUAGCUCAACCAUUCCCAAUGAUUGGAAAUCCAUAUCAAUUCCAAAACGAAUUCCCAAAUCCAUAUUUCCCAACCAUCUCUAGACAAAGAUUAUUUGUUGUUUGUCACAAAUCUGUAACUCAAGAAAAUCUUUAUAAACUAUUUUCCAGAUACCCUGGCAUGGAAUAUUGUGAUCUUAAAAAGGAUAAAACUACCAACAAAUCAAAAGGUUUUGCAUAUGUUAAUUAUAGUACUCCUCAAGCCGCUUUACUUGCUAAAAAUGAGUUGAAUGGUAUUAAAUAUCCAUCAGGAUAUUCCUUAAAGGUUGUAUUUGCUGAACCAUUAGGUAUUAAACAAGCUCCACAAUCUAUUGAUCCAACCAUUUCAUCAAUUCAAAAUAGUUUUGCUCAAAUGCCAUUUACUAGAAGAAAUUCAAAUAAUGACAAUAGAAAGCGACAAAAGAUUUAA